CCUCGCCUGAGCUCAAAAUUCCCCGCAGUCAGCAACGAGAGUCCACAGUGUCGUCAGUGAGUGAGAGAAAAGCAGAGGAAGAAAAACUCACUUCCAGAAAUGGCAUCAUCGGCAUUGAGAUCCAGCAUUCUUCGUCACAUCAGAAUCCCAGUUUCACCAACCCUAACCCUAAAUGGAUCUACUAAACUCGGGUCCGUCCGAUUUAUGUCGUCGCACGACGAUCACCUCGACAAGGAAGAAGUCAUUGCUAGAGUCCUCGACGUUGUCAAGAGCUUCCCAAAAGUUGACCCUGCCAAGGUGACUCCUGAUGUUCAUUUUCAGAAAGAUUUGGGAUUAGAUAGUUUAGACACUGUCGAGAUCGUGAUGGCACUGGAGGAAGAAUUUAAGCUUGAGAUCCCGGACAAGGAAGCCGAUAAGAUUGAUUCCUGCCAUCUUGCAAUCGAAUAUGUCUAUAACCACCCAAUGGCUGGUUAAAUUUUGCUACUUUCUUUUUGUUUUUGUCAUUUUCUUUGAGAAGAUGAUGUUACAUAUUGCCCUCUCUUGGUUUGACUGGUUGGAAUGUUGUAGAAUUCUGUCACAGAACCGGUGGGGAAUAAAGCAACUCUGAUCAAACAUAAUUUCUUUUA